GGUUGCUUUUGGGCGUCUAGUACAGCAUGGUUCUCGCUCUUCCUCAUACAUAUUUUAUGCCUAUAAAUAGCCAAACAGGGUGGAAAUUCCGGGAACAGCCAUUGAGCGCAAACUCUUGGACCCCAGAAGCAAUGUCGAGACAACCACAGGAAGAGCUGGGGUACCCUCAUUUUGCUCUGAUCUAUGUUGACCGAAAUGGCAAUCUUUGUCAAAAAUCAUCCGAGUCAAUCGCUGAGCGCCGCGAGAGAAUCUUCACACCCAGAGUGAGAGAUGAAUUCCUAAGGGCAGUGGCAAUUUCGAGAGAGUCGCAAACAGCCCCGAGUCAACUGCCCCAUGCAACAUUGGCCAACCAGACCGAAUAUAACGGCCACAGCCCCCCAUCACAGAGACAAAUUGCCAACCAUAAUGAAAUGAAUAUAAAGCAGAGUAUGCAGCAAACCGGACCCAGCCCCCACAUCCAACCGGCCCAGCCCGAAAUGUGGUCCAACCCCGAGUCCUUGCCUCUCUGGCAAAGCUCACGGCCCAGGAAGAGAAAUUUCGGAGGUCAAAAUCUCAACUUGACCUCUCACCAGAAAGUGUCUAUUUCUAUAAAAGACCGAGAUCUACUACGUCAGUACUAUGAGAGGGUCUUCCAGAAUCUGCAACAAACCAACUGCCGUGUUCUUGCAAAAGCCUACGUCAAACUAGUUGAGCCACGCAAGCAGGUCAACUACCCCUAUAAUGGACGGAAGAUCAUUGCAGGGAGAACCCAACAGCUCAGUCCAGAGGCAACAAAGCCUCCAUGGUGGCCAUCUGGGGUGAGCCACCGAGAGCCAGAUCAUCUCCCCAAAGUUGAGCGCAUUCGACUUUUAGUCCACAUUCUGUGUGAGCUGCAUGAAAGCCACGGAGUUACAACGACUAGACUGAAAGAAUGUGACCAGCCUAUUCGACGUCAGAUUCUUCCGGUCGAUCGUCUAGAAAUCCUAGACGAGGCAUACCAAGUUCGCGAGGCGGAAGAGAAUUUCGAGAAUGGAGUCACAAAUGGAGAAGAACCCGUGUGGAUUUCUCGUGCCAACCUCCCUGACAAUACAGGAGACGCUUCCAGCGAACAAAGCUCACCGACCGAGCCAGACUAUACUCAAACCACAACCAAGUCAGAGUGCAGUGACGAAGCACUAGCCAUCGAUACCUCACAACUUCUCAUCCCAUUCGAUGAUCUCCGAACGAACGCUUCCCCAUACCCUCCCAACCCAUAUAACCCGCCAAUGCACAUGAGCCCCCACGCGCAAUAUAUGCCAGUUGAGCAGCCUGCCCGUGGGUCGACAUCACCACUUGAGUUGAAAAGGAAACGCGAAGAGUCUGUUGGGACAAACUUGGUUGAUCGGACACGUCAAAUGGGCCCUACACCAUAUCAGUACCCUGGAAACGUCAGUACCCAACCGUUUCCCAUGGGUAUUUACGAAGGUCCUCUUGCCAUGUCUAGUGUAGGUGCUUCGAUCACACCGUCUGUGCCAAUAUCACAGCCUGUUCCAAUAACUCAGACGGCGGCGGGACCGUCUACGGAGCAGAUGAUGCUAUAUGGUUAUCCAUAUUAUUUUGAUCAAUGAUGACCCUCGGAUGAGUC